AUGGCUAACCCGGAGCAGACGCUACGUCAAUUAGCAACCCAAGAUGUUGCUCAAACUCCAAUCUGCAUCAGGUAUCCGACAGGUGAUCAAAAUUUUGUGCUCAAGACUGGCUUGAUCCAUCUCUUACCCACCUUUCACGGGUUAGAGAAUGAGGACCCUCAUAAGCAUUUAAAACAAUUUCACAUAGUUUGUCUUAGCUUGAAACCGUCUGAAGUUUCGGAGGACCUUGUAAAGUUAAAGGCAUUCCCUUUUUCUUUACAGGACCGUGCUACAGAUUGGUUAUACUCGUUACCGCCCGAUUCGGUAGCGACAUGGAACCAAAUGGCGAGGUUAUUUUUAGACAAAUUCUUUCCCGCCUCCCGAGCCGCUAACCUUCGUAGAGAGAUCUGUAGUAUUAAGCAACGAGAUGUUGAGACUCUCCAUGAAUAUUGGGAGAGAUUCAAACAUCUCUGUGUGAGUUGUCCACAACAUGGAAUCUCGGAUCAAUUGCUUUUGCAAUAUUUCUAUGAGGGCCUCCUCCCGAUGGAUAGGAAAAUGAUUGAUGCCGCAAGUGGUGGUGCCAUGUUUAACAAGACCCCUACUGAGGUUAGAGCUCUAAUCACCACUAUGGCUGAAAAUUCCCAACACUUUGGAAAAGAACAGGUGAAAGCUUGCGGAAUUUGUUUAGCAACAAGCCAUCCAACUGAUGYGUGCCCACAACUUCAAGAAGAUGUGUUGGUGACGGCUGAAGAUGUGAAUGCAAUAGGAGGAUUUCAAGGUCAGCCACAACAACAAAGGUAUUUCAAUAACAAUUUUGGCAACCAAAGACCUCCUCAAUUUCARAAUUUUGUKCAAAGGCCGCAGCAACAACAACAGUUUCAGCAAAGAGCACCCUUCAAUCCAAAUCAAGCUACUUAUAGUAGCUCAGGUAUGUCUCUCGAAGAUAUGGUCAAAACUUUAACUGCUAACACUAUUCAAUUUCAAYAGAAAACGGAAGCAAGUAUUCAAAACUUGGGAGCUCAAAUGACACAACUUGCUACGUCCGUGAGUCGAUUGGAGUCUCAAGGAAAAUUGCCUUCUCAAAUGGAGACGAACCCAAAGCAAAAUGUAAGUGCAAUUACCUUGAGGAGUGGAAAAGAGCUAGAAGAACCAAAGUUGACWAAGAGUAGAGAAGUGGAGAAAGAGAAAGAGGUAAGUGCAAAACCGGUUCAAAGUGAGAAACAACCGGAAUCCACAGUUAAUGCAAGUGAAAAAGCAAAGGUAAUUCCACCACCCUUUCCUACACGUUUUCAAAUGUCUAGCAAGGCUAAAGAAGAAAGGGAAAUUUUAGAGACUUUUAGGAAARUUGAGGUGAAUAUCCCUCUUUUAGAUGCAAUCAAGCAAGUYCCUCGUUACGCCAAGUUUUUAAAAGAAUUGUGUACCAAUAAAAGAAAACUUCAGGGUAAUGAGACAGUUAGUAUGAGCGAGAGUGUCUUAGCUGUGUUUCAAAAGAAACUGCCCCCAAAGUGCAAAGAUCCUGGUGUGUUCACCAUUCCUUGCAAAUUGGGGAACGUUAUGAUCAAUAGGGCUAUGCUUGAUUUGGUUGCAUCUAUCAAUAUGAUGCCAUACUUUGUCUUUAAGACUUUAAAU